AUGAUGCAGACACGACCCAGCAAACGCAGCCAGCGCAGCUCGCACAACCCAUAUCGCGACUACGAUGACAAGAUACCCGCAAACCCCUUCCUGGACGAGAAAGAAAAGGCCCUGAGCAAGGAAGACGACCAGUCCCCACUAUCGCCCAUGUUCAUCGACUACCUGCGCAAAAAGACCGCCGCCCCUUCCAGCGAUCUUGAGAAGAUCGAUACAGCCAACAUCAGCGACAAGUACCACGGCAUCAAGAUCGCGCACACAAUAUCGCCCGUCGAUGGGAAGACCUUGGGUUGCGACCGCGAACACACUUUCGAUACCUUCGUCGACCAACGCAAAGUCAGUAGCGACGCGGGACAAACCAAGCGAGUCGGCCAUGGAUGGCAGGUUGCGAGGGCGAUGAAGCGGGUGCUGAGCUCCAAGGGGCGGGAUACGAGAAGGGCUAGACGACAAGAGGAGGCGCUACCGCAAGGGUUAGCCGCCUGA